AUGAAAAUGCAACAGGAGACCUCGGACCUUCAGCACUACCCGCUUGAAAGCAUCACAGCAAACAAGGACGGCUACGACAUGAUCAAAUUCAUGCAACAGGUCAGAAGCAGCGUGGCAACCGUUCAACAGCGUUUGACAACCGUAGAGAGCGAAAACAGAGAAUGA